AUGACUGCACUCUUCAUCUCUUUCCUUCUUCUCCUUUGCACAUCACUGAAACUAUCACAUGCUACUACCUAUCCAGUUUAUAACAUUUCCAAUUUUUUGGGAGGUGGUAGUGUUUUAGGAGAUGGUGGAUUGGCUGUGAAUGCCAAAGUAGAAUAUACUGAAGGAGUUGCAGUCAAUUCUAAAGGAGAAGUAUUAGUAGUACAGAAUUUUUAUGGUCGUGUUAGAAAGGUUGAUAAAAAUGGAUAUGUUACAACGAUAGCAGGAUUUGGAACUUCUGGUGAUAGUAGUGGAAAUGGAGGUUUGGCAACUAAUGCAAUGCUUGGCUACCCUGCAGGAAUUACAGUUAACGAUAAAGAUGAAAUUUAUCUUGUGGAAUAUGGAACUCACAUGGUUCGAAAGAUUUUGGUGAAUGGAACAAUUCAAGAAUUUGCUGGAAUUUUAAAUGGUGGAGGAUUUGGAGGAGAUAAUGGAUUGGCAACGAAUGCUAUUUUUAACCAUCCGUAUGGAGUUUCAGUUAAUCCAUUAACAGGUGAUGUUUACAUUUCAGAUUUUUCGAAUAAUCGAAUUCGUAAGGUAGAUUCGAGUGGAAUCAUUUCAACAUAUGUUGGAACUGGAAAUACAGAGUAUGGAGCUGAUGACAUUUUGGCUGUUAAUGCUAAUAUUAACAGUCCUUAUUAUAUUGCAACAGGUCCAAAUGGUGAUUUAUACAUCCCAUUAGUAGGAUCAUCUAGAAUUUGUAAAGUUUCGUAUAGUACUGGAAAAAUUACAACCAUAGCAGGUACUGGAGCUUAUGGGUAUAGUGGAGAUGGUGGAUUGGCAAUUAAUGCUGUGAUUAGAUAUCCAAAAAGUAUAGCCAUAGGUAAACAUGGUGAAAUUUUUUUUACUGAUUCGGAUAAUCAAGUCAUUCGUCGAAUUACUCCAGAUGGAAUCAUUACAACCAUAGCGGGCACUGGUAAUUUUGGUUAUUCUGGUGAUGGCGGUUUAGCAACAAGUGCUGAUAUCAGUAAGCCAACUGGAAUAGCUGUAGAUUCGAAUGGAACCAUUUACUUUUGCGAUAAUAACAAUAAUAGAGUUAGAAAGUUAGUUCCUUACUGUUUGGAUGGAAAGCUAGUGAAUGGAACUUGUGAAUUUUCUUGUUUUGGAAUCAAGAACAAUCUUGCAACUGUUUGUAAUGGUCAUGGAAAUUGUUUGGCCACAAAUAGUUGUUUAUGUGAUUCUGGAUGGAAAGGAAAUGUACAAUGUUCUCAAUUCAGUUGUGAUGGUUUGAAUAAUUGCAAUGGGCAUGGCAGUUGUGUUUUGAAUAAUACUUGUCAAUGUCAAGAUGGUUGGAAAGGAAAUUUAGAGUGUUCUCAAUAUAGUUGUGAAAGAGUUAAUAAUUGUAAUGGAAGAGGAGCUUGUGUAGGUGUCAAUACUUGUUUGUGUGUUAGUGGAUAUUUUGGAAAAGAAUGUCAAUACAAAACCUGUUUUGCAAAUAGUAACAAUGAAAUGCUAAAUUAUGGAAAUAGACCAUUUACCAUGUCUGAAAGAUUUUGUCAAAAGAUAAAUAAACAGUUAUUGGUUUAA